AGAAAGAUUACUUCCAUUAUUAUAGAAUUAAAUUAUUGUCAUAUGUUUUUAUUAAUAUUUGCAAUACUGUAAAUGAAUCUGAAGAUGCAGGAGAGCUUAAGUUAAGCAAUAAUUUGAGAGUACAGUAACUAAAAAGGGUGAGAGAGAGAGAGAGGCUUAGCCAUGUCAAAGCGUGCAAUGUUUCCUUUUUCAAUUUCUUUCUGGAAAGCUUGGGGAGAAUGGACCCACUCUUUUCUUAUGUCUCAAUAUCACUCCUUAAAUUACAUUCCCAUCUCUCCACUCUUCACUCCAUCUCCACUCUCAGAAACACCGAGUGGAAGAAAUGGAGAGCAGAAUAACCAAGUGGAAAAAUCUGAAACAAAGGUUAGGUUUGAAGGCAAUGUGGAUGGGUUGCUGUGGAGCCACAUGGAAUCCCAGACCCAGAAUUUCCACCAUUUCAAUCCUCGACGAAGAUGAAGAAACACCUCAAUCACAACAAGUCAUUACCAGGACCACCACCCGAUUCAAUGUCGUAAACAGCGCCACCGUCCCCCUGUUGCUGGCCCGCCACCACCACCAACAACAGCAAGCGGUACCCACCCCGCCGACAUCCGCCUCGGGGAUGAACUUAGCAAUGGCGCUGGCCGCGGAGCGUAAUUUGCGGGGAAACAACGACAACACCAACAACGUGGGUCCCAGACCGGUGCAGGUAAAGACAUUGAUGAGAUUGAUUGAAGAAACGGAGGGUGAAGAUUGUUGGACACAACAAGAAGAGCAACUGAAUAAGAAGCAGAGGAAAGAGGCUGUGGAAAAUGAAGGUGGAGGAGGAGGAGGCUGCGAUUGGAUGUGCUGCGUGUGCAUGGAGAGGAAGAAAGGAGCGGCUUUUAUUCCAUGUGGGCACGCCUUUUGCAGGGUAUGUUCCAGGGAAGUGUGCCUUAACCGUGGAUCCUGCCCUGUUUGCAACCGUUCCAUCCUGGAUAUUCUUGAUAUUUUCUAGAUUAAUUGAGAUGGGGUCUGAAAAUAUUCUUUUGAAUUUUACAUGCACUCUACCACAAUAACAUCUUCAUUUGCAUCAUCAAUUCUUCAUUCCAUUCACUACA